AUGGGAGGUCGUGGACUUCCGGCUAAUAUGAAAUUCCCUUUCCGAUACCAUGGAUCACUCGAGCGCCUUCUCCCAUUGUUCGCUCUCGUCUCCUUUCGCCUUCACUAUGCGGUUAUUUUCACAUUUGAGAAGUUAUUGUUCCGUCUUGCAGCUUCCACCGUAUUAUGCCGACCUCACGAUUCAGAAGAAGAGGAUGGUGACACAGUGAAAUCGCUCAUCCCUCUUCCCAGUAAAAACGCCAUUGAACAGAUUGGAGCAAAAUUUUUGGAUGCUCUAAUCAAGCGAGGGCAAAUGGAAAUGGCAAAAGGGGCCUUUAAGACCCAAUUAGAAGUGUUGGAAAAAGUGCAUCCUGAACAGUACGAGAAGUACAAAAAACUGAAAAUCGAAGAUCUCGCAGCCGAUGCGGUAAUGCAACAGGCAGAGAUGGCAAAGCUUCAACCAAAAACAGGCAAGAUAAUAAGAGAUAAAAAAAGCAACCCGAUGAUAGAUAUGCUGAACGAGAAUGGAAUUCCAAUCUCAAGUAGUCUGAAAGGUCUUGAACAGGCCAUCAAGACACAGAAAGAGAUGGAAACGCAAGAUCCAUCCGAGCAGAUAGCAAAAGCAGUGCUGGAAAAGUUCCAGCAACAAAUUCUCCCCGGACUUGUAGCAAAUAUGAUCGCAGGUCGAAAUCCGUUUAAGAUCCCUCAAGAAAUGAGGGCACCACAACCCGAACCGAAUGAAAUCAGACGAAUGGCAUUGAAUCCAGAAGUUGCUUCUGUGCUUAGUUACCGAAGUCUGCGAGAUGAACCGCUUCAUGGAAGACCACUUGCCGGCGAUAAUGACCUCGACUAUAUUAGGAACCAGGUAUCCGCCGAGCUAUAGCU